GCAAUGUAAGCAUUGUUCCCUAAAUUUAGCAACGCAGUCAAGCAAAGUUAAUGUUUAAAUGCAAAGGGGAGUGCGCAGGAAUUUCUCGUACAAUCCACUCCAGUCCAUAAAGUUGUCUUCAUAAACAUAUGACCUGACUUUCUCCCCCCCAAACUCAGCUGCCUUCAUCUUGUACCCCCACCCCCACUUGUUGGUCGACGCCUUUUAGAUUUGCAUCAGCCUCCAUCCACAUUCCCGGAGCAGGGAUUAACUGAAGCAGCACGCCAAGUGCAGCCUGGAAAUCUCCCAAUUUCUGCUGUGUCGGUUUCUCCGCCCCACCGUUUACUCUUUUAACAAUGCCAGUACGGCAGAAUGGCUCGUCCGGAAUUGCCAACUUCAAAACAGUUUAGAGCAACUCAUAUUUGGUGUAACAUAAUUGUUGCCCUUCAGUCAGAAGUGGAGGUGAAACGUCGCAGACACCAUCUAAAACAUCACAAUGACUGUUUCCUUGGUUCUGAUGCUGUCGAUCUUAUCCUGAGUCACCUUCUGCAGAAUUGUUAUUUUGGAGAAGUUCAAAUUUCCCGCUCAAAAGUGGUGCGGCUUUGUCAGGCUUUGAUGGAUAAUAAGGUCUUUGAACCAGUUGGCACAAAGCUUUUUAGCAAGGAUAAAGAAUGUGCUUUUGAAGACAGCUGCAGUUUGUACAGAUUUACCACUGUGCAUAGAUGGGUUGAUGUUGUGAAUGAAUGCCAAGCUUCUGGCCAUGGAUUCAAUGGAUUACAUAGGAGGCACGAACCAGAUCAUUUUUCCACUGCUAACCACCCUCCUGACAGUCCUUUAGAAGAACUGCUCAGUAACUUGAAUUUAAAACCUGUAGCUGCUUCAUCCAUUGGAACUUCGCAGUUGCCUCAUCAAGUGGUUGAAGAGAUAUGGCAAGAACAAGCAAUUCUGCGUCUGUUACAGCUGAUUGAUCUCCCAAUCUUGGAUUCUCUAUUGGAUAGAAAAGAGCAUCAGACAAAGCUACAGAGUUCAAGCACUAAAGCUAAUGACAUAACAAGGAAUUUUCUGGACCGGGAAAUUCUAAAGGCCUUCAGUGAUUCUCAGGAAGAUGAUUGGCUGUCAUCUGCAGUCGAUUUGUUGGAGUUCCUCCCAGACCUCUCAGUAGUGGAGAUCAGCAGGAAUCUUCCAGAACCAUCCUCUGAUAUAGACCAGUGUAAAGUGGUGUUUUUUGAUGCUAUUGCUAAGUAUUACAGUCAGACCAAAGAGCCUCUUCUCACCAAUGACUUCUUUGACAUACAUACAGGAGUUGCAGAGCUGCUUGUAAAUGGAAAGUCCGAACCAGCACUGGAAGCAACACAACUGUGUCUAAAGCUUAUGGAUUCGAGGAAUCGGGAAGAGCUAAGGAGAUUAUUGAAUUUCAUGGCUGUUGCUGCACAGCCUACAUCUGUUACCUUACAGAAAGGGGUUGAAGGUCGAAUUGUGAUGAAGAGGACUUUUGGUAAAGCCAUUGUUUCUAAUAAGAACCUUCCAAAAGGGAAAGCUGAUCUCUUGGUUUUGUUCCUGCUUGAUCAUCAGAAAGAUGUAUUUAAGGUCCCAGGAUCAUUGCACAAAAUGGUGAGUGAGAAACUGAUGUUUGUUCAACAUGGUGGAGAUCCAGACCUUCACACAGGCCACACUUACUGUGAAAGACUUACUCGUGCUGCAUGUGAAAGAAACAUGUGGAAGACCACUAGGGAAGAACUUUUAUUGCUGCUUCAAACUAUUGAUGAAAACCCCAAGCUGUCUGCCAAAGAGAAAAAGAAGGUCCUCGCUCAGUUUAACAAGAGUCAUCCAGCCAUUUUUAUUCAAUAUUUUUUCAAUGUGUUGAGGAAAUCAUAACCUUGUCUGUCAGAGUUGCAGUAGUAAUUAAUAUAUUGUGUAUUACUAAGUUAAUAAUAAAAGUUUGAAUAUUUUAUACAAAA